AUGGGGCGGGCGAGUGAUGACAUCAAUUUUCAAUUCCCACGUCCGGUAGUACCGGUUACUCCCAAACAGCCUAAUCCGGAUGUCUCUGGGAUUGGGAUCAUCACGGGCUUUCUCGCCACGGCCUGGGCCACCCUCGUGGCUCUGAUAUUCAACUAUGUUGUCGCGCCAACCGAACCAACCACUGGUUCUUCGGAAACGCUCCCGAUGGGGAAUGCGUUGGAUGAUCCAUUGCGGCGGUUUCUGCAGAAAAUGCUGAAAAGGACCUUACCAUCGCCGCAAUGGGUGAAACCACUGAGGACUGUCGUGAUGGCAAUGAGUGAUCAGCAGCUCGUGACCGGACUCGCCAACUUCGUCAGUGGCUAUUCCCAACUGCCCUGUGGUUUGUCCCUCUACCACUGGCACAUCAUCACGGCCACCACCUGGUUCGCGAGCGUCACCCAUCUAGCGACCCUACCAUUCCUCCAACAAUAUCUCCGGCGCCACAAGUAUCUCCUCUACAUUCGAGUCUUCUUGAUGACCGCGCUCACUAUCAUGCUUGCCAUCGCGCUCCUGUCUAGUGGAAGAGGCGGAUCUAAAAAGUUGAUGGUUUACCGAUAUACUUUCGAAUUUGUCCACGUGCCGACGAGCAAGCUGGCCGCCCCCGCAACGUGCUUCUUGGAUGAGGUGAAUUUCGGAUUUGACGGCAGCCCAGGAAGUGCAGUGUAUAUAGUCGUCUCGGAGAUCAUCCUUCUAGGAGGACUUUUUGUCCGUCUCCUACGGAUGCUUCCGGCCACCAAUGCCGUUGCGGUAGCCACUCUGAAGGCUGUCGGCGCGUUAUGGCGAAAGACCAUUGCCGGGUGCUGUGGAGGCCUUCAAAAGUCCCCCCGACGCAUGCGAGCCGUCCUCGUGCUCCCGGUUGUUCUUUCCUUGGCGGCAAUGGCUACCGCACAAGCCGUGGUCGAUUUCCUGCGCUCUGCAACCUUCGAGGUACUCUGGUUGAUGUUUGCUUUGAUCUGGGGCACGAUUCGACUGUUCACUAUCCGUUCGUUUGUGCCGCCGGACAGCAACGUCGUCGAGGAAGACUUUUGGGGCUUCGGUCAACUAGUGCCGGUGUUGCUGCUCCUUCUCCCGAUCCUUCUGAUCGCCGAGAGCUGCUCAGAAAUGGCCCGCCAGGGCAGCAAGAAGAAGCAGACAGCAGCAGCAGUAGCCACUCAGGCCGACUCCGAGUCCGAGUCUAUAUCGGACAACCAGACGCCACCUGGCUGCCCAUCCCUGCCACAACACCACCUCACGACCACAACCCCCAGCAGCAGCGCGACCUCCUCCCACGCUGAAUCCCCAUCUCCUUCACCACCCCAGCCCGACAUCACACUCUGCACCCGAAUAAUCACCCUCAGCGAGCAGAACUUCCGCCUCGAACCCUGGUACCUAGACAACCUCUACUACAUGACAUCCUACGCAAUCGGCACAGCCCCAAUAAUCCUCAUCAGCGCGCCCCAAAAAGAACUCAACGAAUCCAACAUCAUAUAUAUACUGGUCGUCAUAGCCGGCGGCGCCCUCCUCUUCAUCUCCAUCCCGCUAUGCGGCAUCGUCUUCUACCUCGAUGACGAUCGACAGCCGCAUGCGCUCUCCCCCCUCCGGCUCGCAGCCGAUCCCGGCAAGACGCACCGCGUGGCCCGGUAUAUCUGUUUCGCGUGCCUGCCUGUGCCUGUGGUGUGUGCGACGAUUGUGUAUCUGCCGGGGUUGGGGCCGAAUGUUGUUUUCUACGUCUGGGCGGGGAUGUAUUCGCUUGGGGCGGCGGGGGUUGCUGCUGCUGCGGGGUGGGUGCUUUGUGGGCUUGCUUUGAGGGAAGAGUAG